CCAUGCAUACUAAAUAACGACCAAGGUGUAGUGGUGUAUCCGCGGCACCAUUGACACAGUAAACCCUCUCCAAUGUAUCGAUACGAAGUGCCCACGGAUGUGAUUUGUUUUAAGCAUAGGAUUUCAUUUCCGUGAUGACAAUGAAAAGGAAUUCAGUCGAGCCAUUUUUAUGCUUUGCAAGGUUCUGUCUUUUUAUCUGGAUAUUAAUUUCACCAUCUCAUACUUUCGGAAAUUGGAUGUAUCUUGGGGUCUCGUCCAUCACAGCUCCCAGAGACAAUAUCUGCAAUAACUUCCCUGGUCUGGUUGACCAGCAGAAAUCCCUGUGUCUACAGAAUCCCCAGGCGCUUCGGGGGGUCAGAGAAGGCGCGAAAAAGGCCAUCUACGAAUGCCAGGCGCAAUUCAGUAGUGAACGAUGGAAUUGUACUCUCAGUUCAAACUAUUCUGUUUUCGGACAUGUUCUUAAAAAAGGAACAAGAGAGACAGCAUUUAUAUACUCAAUCUUAAGUGCCGGUGUCGUUCAUUCAGUGACACAAGCAUGCACGGCGGGAAAUUUAACCACGUGCACGUGUGACGUCAGUGCGCGUGAAGGUGAACAUACGGUAGAAGGCUGGAAGUGGGGUGGGUGUAGUGACAAUGUCAAAUAUGGAAUUGAAUUCAGUCGACAAUUCGUGGACGCAUCGGAGUCGACUCGAUCGGAAAAAUCCGAAAACAUCCGGAACAGGAUGAAUCUUCACAACAACGAGGUUGGAAGAAAGAUUGUUGCAGAGCUCAUGAAAUUCAGAUGUCGUUGUCAUGGUGUUUCUGGAUCAUGCGCAGUACAGACUUGUUGGAAAUCACUUUCCGACUUUCGGACUAUCGGAGAGACGCUGAAGCAAAAAUAUGAAGCCCCUAUCCGAAUAGCCAGGAGGUCGCUACGAACAUUGAAAAGAGCCGAGAAAACAAAGCGACGCGUGCCUAUUUCUUAUACGGAACUGGUUUACGUUCAUAGAUCCCCAAAUUACUGUAGAGCAAAUAGAAAGAGGGGAAUUCUGGGAACAAAGGGACGCGAAUGUAACAAGACGUCAUCCGGGUCAGACAGCUGUGACCUUUUGUGCUGUGGGCGUGGCUAUAAUACUCAAGUAGUGCGAUUAGUGGAACGAUGUGAAUGCAAAUUCAUUUGGUGUUGUUAUGUAAAAUGUAAAACAUGUGAAACGCUUUUGGAUAAGCACACAUGCAAAUGAACUCAAGAUGAUUUCAUUUCUUUAAUAUUAUGUGAUCAAAGCAAUAUUCCACUAGAAAUGACUUGUUUUCAUUUUUCCGGAUUACUUCCGAAUUUACUCAAUGCUGUUUAGUUUGUCAAUUUGCCCUAUCAUAGUGGAUUUGGGCAAUUUUCAUGAAUCAAGAAGUUCCACAAGAACGACAAUGUUAACUCUCAAAGCUAACAUGAAGUGUUGACAUUUGAAAGAGUAAUAAGGAAUCAUAUGAUGUUUUUCAUAUUUUCAAAUUAUUCGGUCGACCUUGAAAGACUUAUGUAUACGUACAUAACUAUACUACAUGUACUGUGAAACAAAACAUGCGACAGUUUCAAACAAUUUUAUACUAGGAAGCCUCAGGAUGGAAUUGCCAUGUCGAAGUAUAGAUGAUUAUGAUGUCCAUGCAUGUAUUUAUUAUUUUUUGACCCAAUUCGUUUUUUUAAACUGUGACAUCCAUGUAAAGUAUGUAAUUAAAAAUCAGUGCUAUAUAUAAUAUAAUUAUUGUACAUAUUCCUGUCCAAAACUUCACUUGUAUCAUAACUUUCAUUGUACAUCAUCAGAAAUUUUCUGUAUUUUGUAUUUUUACAUUACCGGUACAUGCUCUUUUCUUGUUACUAUUUUUUACAUGUAACGAAAUGAGUAAAGUACAUAAAAUCUGCUUGUAUUUAAUUAACAAACAUAGUUGUUACA